GGGAAUUAAUGCAUGAAUGUAAGAACGAACGCGCCUGUGCUGUGUUCGCUUGACAGUCUUCUCUUUUAAUUCACCAUGGCGUCGUCCGCCCCAAAACGGCGACGAAGUCAUGCUGUCGGCUCUCAUGCUUCCAACAGCAUAGCGAACUUGUUAAACGGCAGUCAGCCCGAUGGGACCGGAGUGGAGGGUCGUUUUGUGGAGGGAUCGAUAUUUCGCCUCACCAUGAAAAACUUCCUGACAUACGAUUACUCGGUGGUGCAUCCUGGAGCUAAUCUGAACAUGAUCGUUGGAGCCAACGGAACUGGCAAGUCCAGCAUCGUGUGUGCCAUCUGUCUGGGUCUGGCCGGCAAGCCCGCCAUCCUGGGCCGAGGCGACAAGGUUGGGCUCUAUGUCAAACGCGGCUGCAAUAAAGGAUUCAUUGAGAUCGAACUGUACAAGACUGAGGGUAAUGUAGUGAUACACAGAGAGAUCCAUGUGGAGAACAACCAGUCACUGUGGAUGCUCGAUGGAAAGAUCUGCAGCCAGAAAGCAGUGGAAGAAGUUGUCAAGGCUCUGCAAAUCCAAGUCGGCAACCUCUGCCAGUUUCUGCCUCAGGAAAAAGUGGGAGAGUUUGCAAAGAUGUCCAAGAUUGAGUUGCUGGAGGCAACAGAGAAGUCAGUGGGACCACCCGAGAUGUUCACAUACCACUGUGAGCUCAAAAACUUCCGCACCAAAGAAAGGGAACUGGAGAACAUUGUGAAGGAGAAGGCCAGUUUCCUGGAGAAGGCCAAGCAGAGGAAUGAGAGGAACAAACAUGAUGUGAAGCGUUACUACGAAAAGAAGAGACACCUGGACGUGAUUGUGUUACUUGACCAGAAGAAAGCAUGGGUGGAGUAUGAGACAACCCGUAAGGAGCUUGAGGGAGUGAAGAAAGAGCGAGACGAAGCCAAAAAGCAGCUCUCUGCCCUGAAGCAAGCGCACGCGCCCAUGCUGAAGAAGAUUCAGCUGAUUGAAAACCAGCUGAAGCCCUCUGAGGCCCAAAUAAAGGCUAAGACUGAUGCCAUCAAAGAAGCCUCUUUGAAGUGCAAUCAGAAAAAGGAUCAGCUGGAUCGAAAAAACAAAGAGAUUGAAAAUAUUAAACAAUCACAAAAGAUUAAGCAGUUUGAAGCGGCAGACCACCAGAAGGGAAUCAGCAACACCAGGCGGACCAUUGACGCCUUUAAGGCAGAGCUCGCCAAAGUUACAGACCAACCCGACGUGACGCCGCAGAUCAAUGCCGUCAAUAUCGAGCUGAGGCAAAUCCGAGAGGAGAGAACCAAGAUCGAAGGGGAGAAGUCCGACCUACGCAGGGACAAGGACAACCUCCAUGCUGAAACAAAAAUGUUGGAGAGAAAGCUCAGGGACAUGAACAACAUGAUGAAUGUCAAAGAGGAGAAGCUGAAAGGACGCCACAGGGACACACACGCUGCCAUCCAGUGGCUCAGACAGAACAAACAACUCUUUGAAGGGAAUGUCCAUGAGCCAAUGAUGCUGGUCAUCAAUGUGAAAGAUCCUCGCUUUGCCAAGUAUGUGGAGAACCACAUCUCCUUCGCGGACCUGCGGGCUUUUGUCUUCCAGAGAAAGGUCGACAUGGAGAAGUUCAUGAAAGAGGUCCGUGACAAGAUGAAGCUGAGGGUGAACGCCAUUUCUGCUCCAGAGGUGUCGUGUUCUAAUAAACAGUCGUCUAGAAAUAUUGAGUCCCUAAAGCAUUUUGGGUUCUUCACCUACCUUCGGGAGAUGUUUGACGCGCCUGAUGAGGUGAUGAGUUACCUCUGCCAACAGUACAAGGUGCACGACGUCCCGGUGGGCAAUGAACAAACUAAAGCCAUGAUCAAAAGGGUGAUUGAGGAGCCCUACCUCAAGGUGUUAUACACAACAGAGGAGAGGUACACAUUGAAGAGGUCCCAUUACUCCAACGCGAUCAGCACCAGUAACUCUGCAGUGUACCCCUCUCAGUACCUCACCAUCACUGUGGACGCUAAAGAGAAACUGCAGCUGGAGCAGCAGAUGAAGGACUGUGAGUCCAAGUUACGGGACAUUGAUGAGCGGCUGAAGGCCCUGCAGGCGGAAGCCGUCACACUGGAUCGGCGUGACAACGAGUUAUUGGCAGAGAAGAAGCACCUCUCUGAAGUGAAAAGCAAAAAGAGACAACUGGAGCAGAAGAUCAGUUCCAAACAGGACAGUCUGAGGCAGAUGGAGCAGAAUGUCAUUGACCUGCAGACGAUUGAAGAGAAGACUAAGGAGAAAGUUGCAGCUGUCAAUCAGCAGAAAGUUUCCCUAGUCGCAGGGAUUAUGGAGCAAAUUAAGCUGAAGGUGAAGCUGACCAUGGAGAAGGUGUACCUGAAUCUGGAGACGGUGGGGCUGAUGGCGCAGAAAAGCAAGAUGGAGCAUGAUUGUCGAGAAAGCGCCUCUGAACUCCAGACCACUGAUCAAAAAUGCAUCCGUCUGGAGCAAAGGAAGGUUCAGCUGACAGAACAGGGCAAAGGCCUGAUGAAGAGAGCCAAGUCCAUCUGCAGGAUGCAGCAUGACGAGUCCUUACCGCAAGAGCUGCAUAAAGCUUUCAGUAAUCUGCCUGACACGCUGGACGAUAUCGACACCAUGCUGAACGAGGAGCGGUCCAGAGCGGAGUGCUUCACUGGCCUCAGUGAAAAUGUUGUGGAUGAGUACAAAAAGAGAGAGCAGGAGAACAAAGAUCUGGAGAAAGAGCUGGAAGAUAAGAGCAAUGCCCUGACCUCAUACCGACAGAACAUAUCAGAGGCUAAGGAGCGCUGGCUGAACCCUCUGAAGCAGCUGGUGGAACAGAUAAAUGUGAAGUUUAGUGAUUUCUUCCGCUCCAUGCAAUGUGCAGGAGAGGUUGAUCUGCACUCAGAGAACGAGGAGGAGUACGACAAGUAUGGGAUCAGAAUCCGUGUGAAGUUCCACAGCAGCACUCAGCUCCACGAGCUGACGGCGUACCAUCAGAGCGGAGGAGAGCGCAGCGUCUCCACCAUGCUGUACCUCAUGGCCCUGCAGGAGCUCAACCGCUGCCCCUUCAGGGUGGUGGACGAGAUCAACCAGGGAAUGGAUCCUAUAAAUGAGAGAAGAGUCUUUGACAUUGUGGUCCGCACAGCCUGCAAAGAGACGACAUCGCAGUACUUUUUCAUUACACCCAAACUGUUGCAGAAUCUUCAGUACGCUGAUGAGAUGACCGUCCUUUGUGUCCAUAACGGCAGCCAAAUGCUUGCUCCCAACCAAUGGGACGAGAAGGCCUUCAUCAGGCGCAGUCUCAGACGAAAAACUAAGCCAUGAAUCCAUCAUCGGACGUGACCUACAUGAUUACAACUGUUUCCUGUUCAUUGAAUUCCAAAUAUACAGAUGAAAAAAUAAAUAGGUUAAUCAUUUAUUGAAGUAUAUUAAGGUUUAAUCGUCGUUUUGUAUAUUUUUAUAAAAUAUUCAGCUGUUUCAGUCUUUUUGUUUAUGUUUAAAUAAAUGAAGAAUAUUCUUUAAAUGUCGAAUGUAAAAUAAAAGAUGCACAUUUUUGCCACAUUA